UUCUGAGUUGCUAUAAUUGAUUACUGUGGCAGCAUCGGUGCUUGCUUCCAAAAAAUCAGUUGGGCCAGUGGUGCCGCAAUGCAACUUUCAACAAACAACCUGUGGGAUGCCUUGGGUCGGCCAGUGACCGUGGCAUUUGUCGGUGGAGGUGGAAAGACGACUUUGGGACUUCAAGUCCUACAUGAAGGUGUUGGUGCUGGUUGCAAGGCAUUAUUCACCACCACAACGCGGAUUCUUGUGCCGCACAUCCCUCAACAAGUUGAUCUCAUCAUCGAGACUUCCAACCUUGAAGAAGCUGUCGACUCCAUCGCACGUGCAUUCAUCAAAGGAUUUCGACGGAUCGCGUUGAUUUCAUCACGUGAAAUGUCUGCCCACGGUCAGAGGGCUGUGGGUAUCCCUCCAUCUUGGAUUGAUGCAUUGUGUCCAAAAGUAGCCGACCUUUGUGUUGUGGAGGCUGAUGGUUCGAGAAUGUUACCUUUUAAAGCACCAAAAAUUCCAAGGGAACCUGUGCUUCCAGAUGCUAUUGCCGCAGUUGUUGCGGUUGUUGGCGUUGAUGCUUUGGGGGUGCCAUUGGAUGAGGAUCACGUUUGCCGAGCGGACAUCGUGAGCGAACUCACACAAACUGAGAUUGGCAAACCGAUAACCUCAGCAGCCAUAGGCAAGGUGUUGGGCAAUGGCGACUUGUGGUGUCAGGGGCUGCAUGGUGUGCCUUUUCACGUCGUGAUUAACAAGGUGGACUCUGCUUCGCAACUCAAACCUGCGCAAGAGAUCCUUGCAGUAGUGAGCAGUGGGUCCAAGGUUGCUUCUAUUGCAGUGAUGGGCCAAAGCUCUGACACACGCAAGAUCUGGGACUAUUGGAAAGGUGCUUUGUUGCCUGGUUUGCCACGAACUUUCACAUACAGUUACAGUUACACUAUGCAAACAGCUACAGUUGUCACAAAGAUGCGU